GAUGUGAUGGUUUAAGAAAUUAUGCAAAUAUUUCUCUGGCUUCCUGACUGAAAAGGGGUUUUUCUGCAGAGCCAAACAGUUGCUGCAGCUAAGAGAGUUUUCACUGGCAGGAGGAGGGGCUCAAAUUGAACCAGAUCAACCACAGCAUACGCAAUACAGCAACGAGCAGCUGCGUUUGCAAGAAUAUAAACUGCGUCGUGCACCCUUUAAGAGUGAAGUCGACAGAAAUUUCAACUUUUUUUUUAAAGUUCCAAAUUAAUUUUUGCAAGGAUCCGUAUUGUUUGUAUUUAUUUUCCUGAAAGAAACAUACAAAAACCAAACGAAACCAUGGUGAUCAAAGUUUAUAUAGCAUCCUCUUCUGGGUCAACGUCGAUUAAGAAGCAGCAGCAGGAUGUGAUCGGGUUCAUGGCAGUCAAUAAGAUUGAGUUUGAGGAGUGUGACAUUGCAGCCAACGAGGACAACAGGAAAUGGAUGAGAGAGAACGUUCCGGAAAACUCCAGGCCUGCCACUGGAAACCCCCUGCCACCUCAGAUCUUCAAUGAGGAGCGGUACUGUGGGAAUUACGAAGCGUUCUUCGAUGCCAGGGAAGACAAUAGUGUGUAUGCGUUUUUAGGCUUGACGGCACCACCUGGGUCAAAGGAAGCUGAAGCUCAAGCCAAACAGCAGUAGUGAGCAAUCACCCUUCAUCAAACUACAGCGCCACUUCCUGACGACCUCCAGUACUGCAGUUAUGCUUCUGAUUUUAAUGCAUUGACAUGUUUUGAUAUUGCACCAUUUAUUUAUUUUUCUCUAAAAGAAGAGCCAAAAAAUAUUUUAAAAGGGGGGAAGAAAUGUCAUUAGCUUAUUAAUUCAUUUUAUUUUAUUUUGUGUAUAGAGAAUACAGGCGUUUAGAGUGCGAUAUGAGAAAUUAUUAAAAAGGGAAAUUUUGCACAUGCCACCCAGAACAUACAUUCUGAUUCAACAUACAUUCUCAUUUUUGUAUUUGUUUUCUUUGCUUUGCUGGAGAAAUAUGCACACAUAUUUCACUGUACUAACCAUUACAACCGCUAUGAAAUAUGCAUAUAUAACUUCAAUAUGGGUGCAGACAGAGUUGGCGUUUGCAUACAAAUUUAGUAAUUGAUAAAAGCGUAGUGGGCUAAUCAGCAUACUGGAGAACCUUUAAGCACAGUACAAUAUAUAUUUUCUAUUGUCAGCUGUUUUUUGUUAAUGAAAUGAGAUUGCAGGAAGAUUGUGACUUCACUUAAUACACAGGCUUAUAGCUCCUUGUUCAACUCCGCCAUAGACGUGCCUUGUUUUCUACUAGAGAAAAAAGUUGUGUCUGCUUAAUGAUGGAUGAAUUGGAAAAAUAUAGGUGCAUUUUAAUGAUCUAAAUCACCCUUAAGCAUUCAUUACAUGCAUCAUUUUAUAAUCAUAAACAGUAGCCUGUCAGAAAAUGUAUAGAACUGCAAUGCACUUAGCAGUGAUGCUUUGCAAAUAUGAUCCUGUGUGUUUCAGGGCUAGAAUCCAUACUUAACAUUAACCCUAUAUAGUGACAGUGCCCUGUAUUUAAUAUAGGUCUGUUUACCUGCCCUUCAUAUUCCUGUAUGUGCUGCUCUGUGAUAAAAGGUACCAUGCAGCCCAGGUAUAGAACCAGCUCUCAGAGUGAUUGCUUAUCUGCGGGGUCCAAUUACAUUCAUGGCUUACUGUGGCUGAAAAGUCAAGUGGUUUGAAUUAUUACUCCAGAUGACCUGGCUGUGACCCAUUUUACUGCUUUAAAGACACAGGGAAGCACAAUAUUCACUGUUUUGCUGUUUAAGCCUGCUUAUUUAGCACUAAAAGUGGUCUUGAAGGAACAGCUGCCUGUUUGUUCAGGUUAUGUGACAUGAAAAUACACAGUGGCAAACAUUUAGACAAUUAAGUUUCAACAGCCGUUGUUUUACAGUUACAUUUGUGAAAAGUACCUACUGCCCUAAAAAAAAAGUUUUGAAGUAAAAUAAAUGAUGAACUUGUACAUUACAUGGUAGAUUAAAACAUUAUUUGAAUGAUCCAUUAUUUAACAGUGCCAGCAAUAAUUAUUCUAAAUCAUUCUAACAGAUGAUCUAGCCUGGGGUAAAGGACACAUUUACACUCAUUAAUACACUUAGUGUCUGUUAAAUCUGUCAUGGUAUUUAUAAGGCACAUUUCUGGGGUGUAGUACUUAUAGCAUACCACAGCAAUAAGACAAUGCAAAAGGAUAUAUCGAAUGACAUCCAAACUAAAGGGAUUUAUCCGAUUGAUUGAUACUCUAGCUGGUUCUCCUCUACAGAUACAGGCUUGACUGUAGUAAAAGAACUACAUAAAAAAAAAUGUUUCAUCCUAACGAGCCAGGUAAUAUAAACACAUCUACAUGUUAAAUGAGUGACAACCUCUCUGGUGUAAAAGUGCAAAGUGUAAGAACAAACCAGGUGCUGUCCAGUGAAUCAAAUCAAUGGUCUUAAAAGUAACAGUUGCUACAAAUGGUGCAGGGUCCACUGCUUAUUAAAAAAAUGUUCCCUUUUGAUGAUGUGUAUGUAAUAAAAUACCUUUUUUUCUCUCUGCA